AUGAAGACGGGUCAUUCCGGCGACCGCCCUCGCUCGUCAUGCGUCGCUCACUCCGUUUCGACGUAUCUCAAGCAGAAGUUGCAAUCGAUCAACUCCCACUGUCGCAAGCUCGACAAGGAGCCCGCACCGUCGGGCCCGGGGCAGGGCUCGAAGCCCGGGUCGUCCGCGGCCACGGAGGUCGCCGCGCCGUGCGGUCACGCCACCGUCCUCGAGGGGCCGUGCCCCGAUUGCGGCAAGGUCCUCGGAAAUCGCCUCCGCGGCCGGGAUUUCGGGUACUUGGUGGAAGGGCUGCGGCUCUCGGAGGCCGAGGUCGCGGGGUAUCGCGAGUCGAGGAAUCUCGCGGAUACCAAGAAGCUCUGCUUGGUUCUUGAUUUGGACAACACGCUGGUGGAUUCGAUCCUAGUGUCGCAUUUCGCACCGGAAGAUCAAUGCUCGUUGGAUGCGGGAUACACUGCAUCGAACGGUACGCUUUUUGUGCUACAAGAGCUGCCCCUGGUGACCAAAUUGCGGCCGUUCGUGCGCGAGUUCCUGCGGCAAGCCGGCGACAUGUUCGAGAUGUACGUGUACACGAUGGGCAACCGGGAGUACGCGUCCACGGUGGUCCAUCUGCUCGAUCCGGAGGGAGCCUACUUCGGGUCGAGAGUCAUCUCGCGCGAAUUUAGCACCUCUUCCACUUACAAGAGCCUCGACCUCGUGCUGGCGCCGGAGAGUGCGGUCCUCAUCCUGGACGAUACCGAGGAAGUCUGGCCGGAUCAUAGGAAGAACUUGAUACCGGUUUCGAGUUACAGGUACUUCGAUUCCGAGAUUAGUCCCGACGACGGCGUGGAUUGGCGGAUGUACGCCCAGAAGAAGAUCGACGAGGACGAGGACGGGGGCGUGCUGUCGUCUAUACUUAGCGUGCUGAAAGACGUGCACAGGGAAUUUUUCGACCCCGAGCACGGGGCCAAGGGUUGGGACAAAAGGGACGUGAGGAAGGUGCUAGCCGGGGCGCGGUCUAGGGUCCUCAAGGGUUGUGUCCUAUCGUUUAGCAAGAUUGUCGGGUCGGGAUCGGAGUCGGAUCGGCUCCGGGCCGCGGCGGAGGAGCUGGGAGCCAAGUGCAAGGCGGGCCUCGGGUCGUCGGUGACGCACGUGGUGGCUCUGGGCGUGGAAGAAGAGAGCUCAAGGUGGGCUAAGCGAGAAGGGAAGAAGUUGGUAUCGCCGGAUUGGCUAUGGGCAGCUUAUUAUCACUGGCAGAGAAAACCGGAAGAUGAAUUCUCAUUGUCAUCGGAAAGUUAG